AUGGCUAAAGAAAUGUUGAUUACUUCAGCAGGAAAAAUGACAUCGCACCUUACCUCUUCCCUGCUGGCAGUGGCAUUUCUCACCUCAUUUGGUAGCUCUAUGCUCUAUGGCUAUAAUCUGGCUGUGGUGAACUCUCCUGCAGGGUACAUUAAGGACUUCUAUAACCAUACGGUUGUGAGUCGGAAUAGGACGGGGCUGAACGGAGAAGCUCUGACACUCAUGUACUCGCUCACUGUGUCUGUCUUUGCCAUUGGAGGCCUGAUCGGCUCACUGAUGGUGGGCGGGCUGGUCACCAGGUUUGGAAGGAAAGGAACUGUGGUCUACUCUGCCGGACUGGUCUUCAUCGCGGGCUCUUUAAUGGGCUUCAGCAGGGUCUGUUCCUCACCUGAAAUGGUCAUUGUUGGUCGCUUUGUUACAGGAAUACACUCAGGCAUCUCUCUGAGUGUAGUUCCCAUGUAUCUAGGUGAAAUUGCUCCUAAAAACCUAAGAGGGUUCCUAGGCCUCAUGCCCAGCAUCUUUAUCUGCAUUGGUGUCUUCUCGGCUCAGCUUCUGGGUCUGCAUGAACUUCUUGGAAAGGAUGAACACUGGCCCCUGUUCCUUUCCCUGGUGGUUGUCCCAACGUUAAUCCAGCUGAUGCUAUUGCCAUGGUUUCCAGAAAGUCCUCGUUAUUUGUUGAUUGAAAAGCACAACGUUCACGCCACUAUUACAGCUCUGAAGUGGUACAGGGCAAAGUGUAAUAUUCAGGCUGAGAUCGAGGAAAUGCAGGAGGAACAGCGAUCCCUGUUCUCUGUAGAGACCGUGUCUGUCUGGCAGCUGCUGCUCGACCCUACAGUCCGCUGGCAGGUCCUUUCUGUGGUGGUCAUUAACAUUGGGAUGCAGCUGUCCGGUAUUGAUGCAAUCUGGUUCUAUACCAAUGACAUCUUUGAGAAUGCUGGGAUUCCAACUCCAGAGAUCCCAUACACCACUGUAGGAACCGGGGCCAUAGAGAUCAUUGCAGGCCUCAUAGGGUGUUUAACUAUUGAGCGGCUGGGAAGAAGAGCACUGCUAAUUGGGGGUUUUGGAGUCAUGGGAAUUUGCUGUGCUGGGAUAACGUUUUCCCUCAUAUUACAGACACAUAUCCACUUCAUGAAAUAUGUGAGUGUUGCCUGUGUCGUUGGCAUUAUUGCUGGGUUCUGUAUAGGUCCAGCUGGAGUCCCAUUCCUGAUAACCGCAGAACUGUUUAAGCAGUCCCAUCGUCCUGCUGCAUAUAUUGUAGGAGGAUCACUGAACUGGAUUUCUAACUUUACCAUUGGAUUUAUCUUCCCGUUCUUACAGAUGUUGGCAGGAUCCUACUGUUACCUGGUGUUCAGCUGCGUGUGCCUGGCUGUUGCCCUCUAUGUGUUUUUCAUCAUUCCUGAGACCAAAAACAAGACGUUUAUGGAGAUCAGUCAGAUGUUUGCUACUAAAGAGGCUGUGGUAGAGAGCCAGGCCCUCGGUCAGCCGGAUCAACUCAAACUGAAGAAGAUGAAUGGCUACGGGACACUGGAAAACCGGUCAUUCGAAUUUGACAGUUCCUUCUCGUGUCCAUGA